UCACUCAGUACGGAUACGAAAUACGAAGCUCAUAUCCAUUCCAACAAUGUCGACUCAAAACGCCCUCCUCGUCACCGAACUCGGAAAACCAUUGACUGCGACCUCAACAUGGCCACUUCACCAACCUAAACCUAACCAACUUCUUCUCCGAGUAACCCUCACAGGACUCAAUCCCCACGACCAUUAUGGUCGCGAUUAUGGCCUCUUCAUCAAAGACACCUUACCGACCCCUCUGGGUGCCGACAUUGUCGGAAUUGUCCACGCUGUCGGAUCCGAGGUGACCAAAUUCAAAGUUGGCGACCACGCCUUCACAUACGGAAACAUGUUUGAGCCAGGACAUGCCCAAAACGGGCUGCAGCAGUAUGCAAUUUCGGAUGAGGCAUACACUGCAAAGGUCCCAGAAGGCUAUAGUGAUCACGAAGUUGCGACCAUUCCUGUUAAUUUCUCGGCGGCUUAUAUCACGCUGUACGACGAGGAAUCGGGUCUGGGACUCCCUAUCCCUGGGUCUUCGAAAGCUGAAUCGGUUGAUCUUGCCAGCGAAACGAUCCUAAUAAUUGGCGGCGGAAGUAACUGUGGCAAGUUUCUAGUGCAAUUAGCAGGUAUUUCCGGCUUCGGAAAGAUCGUGGUUCUAGGUGGAAACGAGGAAGAACUGAAAAAAUACGGUGCCACAACCGUCCUUGAUCGACAUGGCGGAUAUGAAGCUGUUCGUGCCCGCAUCCAAGCAGCGGUGGGCGAUAAUCUAUUGUACGCUGUAGAUGCUGUGAACACGCCGGACGGGCAGUACGUUGGUAUCAAUGCGCUUUCGUCUUCCGGACAUGGCAAGCUUUCUCGACUACGUCCUAGUGCGCCUCACGACACUACGAAUGUCACGAGGGAACCCGGGACUUACCAGGUUAUUAAUACCACUGGUAUCCCGCAGUUGCGCUCUGUUGGAAAGAAGCAGUGGGAGCAUAUCACUGAGUACUUGGAGGCGAGGAAGAUUUUCCCAUUGAAAUACGCGAUUGCGGAUGGGGUAGGCUUGAAUGCGGAUGCGGUGAACGAGGUUUUGGAUCGAUAUAGAGAUGGAAAGCCGGUUGUCCAGACGCAUUUCCGUAUCUCUAAUUAG